CGACGAAUUCAAUAACCAAGGACGUUCGAUGAAUUGUAUUUGAUUUUUGACACAUAAAAAUUUGAUAUUCGGUUAAGUGGGUUAAUUAUUGAACUUUUGCAUAGGAAAAUUUGUUGUGCUGGCGCCAUUAGAUUUUGGACCGAAAGUUUUGAAGAAAUUUUUGUAAUUCGUUUCAAGAAUUCCGAAUUUAUUUAUUUUUUGUUUGAUCAUUCAAUUGAAUUUUGUUUUCUUGGUUUGUUUGCUGACAAAUUGAUUGAUGGCGGACACACUAAAAAUUCCGCGGGCUGCCAUACAAUACACCAAUCAAGAUCUUCAAAAAGACGACAACGUCAGCAAAAUGAGAAAAAUUCUGGUCAAAUCUACAACCGUUGACAGUCUACCAAAUGAGGGAAAUAAUUUUGAGGCUUUUUCUAACGACCUAAAACGAACUGAAUCCAUUGACAAAAGUCCUCGGCAUAGUACAUUUUCCGGCAAGGAUUUGACUACAGCUAAUUUAGCUCGCUUAAAUAAACUGCACAAGAAUGCACCGAACGAAACUGUUCCGACGAAUCGUGAAUUUACCAUCACUGUCGAUUCGAUGACGACGACUCAGAACCACAAGCCGAAAGAGAAUGACGUCGAAUCAAAUGCCAGCUCAACACACUUUACGGUGGUCAAUGGAUUCGGCGGUACACGUCUCAGACAGCCUACGAAACCGGCAUGCUGUUGCAAUCUCAUAACUGCUGUUAUUGUAUCGAUGACCAUUCUGUUCAUGAUUAUUAUUUUUGGUGUGAUCAUAUUUGCCGAGUAUCCCAGGAUGAUGGCCGAAAUCGAAUAGUAGCAGCAGUGCAAAGUUAGAUUAAUUUUUAGUUUUGAAAUUCAGUUCGUUUUUCUUUUAUGUUUUGUGAUAAAGUGUGAUAAGACUAAGAUUGAAUCCUCAUGUAUGUAAUUCGACAAAAUUGUAAAAAAAAUAUUUUUGUAGCUUAACGUAGAUCGUGAUUAAAUUGAAAUGGCAUUAUAUACCAAUUGA